GAGGAGAUGAGGACAAUGAGACAUUGAAGAGAGAGCAGAAGGGAACAAAGCCCCUGUGAAUUCAUCCAGAUGGGAUUUCAGCAGCACACAGGAGUGCUGUUAGCUGGGAGAAGGGAGAGGCCAGUUGUGGGAGCCUCCUUGUAUGUGACAGGUGCAGCCCAGCUUCACAUAUAUUCUCCCUGCAUCAGGGCGAGGAGAGGAGGCGAUGUUGGCGUCUGCUCCCAGAGUCCUGCAAGCAGGGCAGAGGAUGGUGGACAACGCUGAGAACGGAGAGGGUGCCAAGCCUUCUGCAGUGGUGGAUGGAGCAGUUGGAGGCAAAGAGGCAUCGAGCCAGAAGGACUUGGAGACAGGGAUCAGCAAUGCCAGGGAUGAAUCUCCUUUAUUCCACUUGGACCUGGAGAACUUCGACACUGCAGAAGCGGAAGGCAGUCGCUAUGUGUUGACCAGCCCUCGCUCGCUGGAGGCGUGCGCUCGGUGCAGGGUCCGGCCAGUGGAGCUCCUGCAUAGGUCGGUCAAUGAGUUUGCCAAGGAGGCCCCGGCCAGGUCCAUGUAUGUGGCGGCCGGCUUGUACGAGAUGUACGAGAAGGAGAGGCGCGGGAAACUCAGGCAAUGCAGAGAGGAGAGGGAGAAGAUCAUCAGGGACGAGAGAAGGGGGAGGAAGGCGUGUCACCUGGUCAGAAACAGUCUACCUUGCUCCCCGGCUCCUGGGGCCAAGAAGCCGGCCGGGGAGGUGGAGUUGAGCAGGUGCAAAAGCCACUCAUUGGAGUCCUUGAAGAAGAAGAAGGAGGUCCAUCCCACCACCACCAGCAACACCAACACCACCAUCAUGGCCUCCUCGGACUCGGGUGCCUCUUCGUCCUUCAGUGGAGAUACCUGGAGGGACCACAAGGCCCGUUGGCUGAAGUCCAGCCCCAGGGGUAAGAUGGUGGCCGCAGCCGCUGGAGCCCAUUUGGUGAUGAGCAAGAGUUUCAGUCUGGGCGACCUGAGUCACUCCCCACAGACCAUCCAAAAAGUGGCCAGGAUAGUCAACGAGGUGAAGCUGAGAAGUCACGCAGAGGUGACGGAGAGGGACAGGAAGAUCGCUGCCCUCAUGCUGGCCAAACAUCAGGGGGAGACCAUCAUGAGCGACCAGAGCUACCAGGCUCAUCUCCAUUGGGACAGCCACAAGCAGAGAGAGGUCUCCAGGAGGGAGCGAGAAGAGCGAGAGAGGCAGCAAGCUCUGCUGCACUGCCACAAACUGUGGGACGCUAAACUGGAGGACAGGCGGCACAGACUGAGCCAGGACCUAAUGGAGGUGGUGGCCUUCAAGCAGCACCAGGUCCAGGUCCAGGAGGAGAAGUGGAGACACUUGGCAGGCGGACAGGAGAGGCUGAGGAGAGAGAAGCUAGAAAAGGCCAAGCUGGAGACCAGGGAGAAGAAAAAGCAUCAGGAACAGCAGCUCAGGUCUAAGGAGGAGGAGAUCAAGAUGCUCGUAGAGUCCAAAGACAAGCUCUGGCACCAGAAGCUGAUCGUGGCUGAUCAUAAGAAAAUGGAGAGGGAACGGAGCCAACAGAGGGAGAAGCGAGAGGCCAAUAAGGUGGAGAAACUCAAGCAUGAAGCCAUGAUCAAGGAGGUGACCAAAGAGGAGCAGAUGGAGAAGAAGUUGAUCAAGGAUUGUCUGGAGCAGAAACUCAGCAGAUGUCAGGAAAACUACGAGCAGCUGAUGGAGAGGAGGAACCGGGAGCUGAGGGAGAGGGCCGCGAGAGAGGAACAGCAGCUGCAGAGAGCAAGGGGAGUGGCAGAGCAGAGGGAGAAGGAACACAGGGAGCACUUGGAGACAUUGGCCAAGGCAGCCGACAAAAAGCUCAAACAUGCUGCGCAGGUGGCCCAAGACAGGAUCCACCAGAAGUCACGCCAAGCCGUCCAGAGCAGGACAGAGAAGGAGAAGCUGCAUCGGCAGAACAAGCUGAAGUUGGAGCAGGGCCAAGAGAGCAAGCGUAAGGAGAUCCAGCAAUCCAUCGCCAAGAAGGCGGAGAAGAGCGAGCGGAUAUUCCGAGAGAGGCAGGUGGCUCUGGAGAACUCCCGCUCCCUGGCCCGAGCUUCCUUCCACAUCCGAGAUCGAGUGCGAGAGGAGAUCAACAACAGGACUUUCGAUAAGAUGGUGCUGGAGGCCGAACUUCAAGCCCAGCUGGACAAAAAGUAGCGGAUCGUGGCCUCUGUUGUUACCUUUGAGAACUGACUCGAGAGAAUGCCUUUUUAAAUGUUUGCAAUGCAGAUUGUUGAGCGGAAUGCACAGUGCAGUUGUACCACAGUGAUGGAUGGGUCCAUUCAACCCAUUCAAGUUUUCAAGACUAAGGUGGAUAGAUUUUUGUUAGGUCAGGGUAUCAAGGGAUGUGGGGCACUUGUGGGUAAUUGGAGUUCAGGUACAGAUGAGUCAUGGUCUAAUUGUAAUAGAAUGGCGAAACAGGCUCGAGGGGCUGAAUGGCUCACUGCUGUUCCUAUAUUCCUAUG